AUGUCGUCUAUGCCUUCACCAAGCGGCUUAACACUAUUUCAAGAUAAUGAUGAUUAUGAUCAUAUUAGUAACGAGCCAACUAAUAUAAAUAAUAUUAACCCAGAUAGUUCAGAUGAAGUAAAUAAUAUUAUAUCUGAAGAAUUGUCUGAUAAUAAGGAACUAAUGGAAUUACUAGAAGUUCAAGAGAAAAGUGAAAAAGAAAACGAAGAAAAUAUUGGGUUGGAAAAUUUAAUUAAGGGUUUAAAACUUUUUCAAAUUAAAGACAAACAUAAUAUGUCAGAGGCUGCAUUUAACGAAAUUCUUAAAGUCUUAGAAAUUCCUAAUAUUACACUUUACAAACUUGAAAAAUAUCUAGAAAAUCUUGUACCAUUAAAGCUGACGCUUAUAGAUUGCUGUAUUAAUACAUGUAUUGCAUUUACGGAUAAUCUCGCUAAUAAAAAUAUUUGUCCAAGAUGUAAAGAGUCUCGUUAUAAAUCUGAUAAACUGUCCAAAGUACCCCAAUAA